AUGUCGCAGUUACAAGGAAGUUUAAGGCUUUGCAAUCUCUGGCUCGGACAACAACGUUUCGUGCAAMGCUCCUUGCAUUUACAAAAGACAUUUAGGGGUGUUACUAGUCGUUUGAAGUCUACUGUUCGUGUCUCUUUGGCGGAUCAACAGAAAGAACAGUACGAGAAAGAUGGAUUUGUUGUUGUACACGAUGUUUUUGACAAGAAUCACAUCCAAAAGAUUAAAGAUGCAUUGGAUGAAUGCGAAGAAAGAGGUGUUCGGGGUUUCAUUGUCAGCGGUUUCAUGAGAGAGAGGGAGGUAGAGGUGCGAGACAACAAACUACUGGAUUAUGUUGAAGACCUGAUCGGUCCUAACAUCCGCCAUAUCAGGCAAGAGAAGGUCAACCUAAAGCUUCCUAAAGGGACUCGAUUCCCUGUGAAGUGGCACCAGGAUUGGGCUUUCUAUCCUCAUACGAACCAGAAGAUGCUAAUGGCAUCUGUGUCUAUCGAUGAUACAACACGAGAAAAUGGGUGUCUACAAGUUAUACCAAAGUCACAUAAAGGACCCUUAUUCUCACACUUCAAAGAUGGMGAAUUUGUCGCCGCCAUCAACGAUGAACGAUUCGAUCCAAGCUCGACCGUCCAUCUUGAAAUYCCAUCAGGGGGGGUUAGCCUGCAUCAUACGUUAACAGUCCAUGGUUCUGCAGCGAAUAAUUCUAAUCAGAAAAGGCGUUUAUUAAUUUUCUUGUACUGCAACACUGAUGCUUGGCCGUUGCUAGGGGUAACGUCCAUGGARUAUGGUAAGAUUGGACCAGUAGAUUGGGACCGGUUUACUUCWACCAUCGUUCGCGGGGAAGCGACUCUGUUUCCUAAAAUGGAAUCGGUGCAAGUUUGUAUUCCAGUUCCGUUCGACACGUAUGGUUAUGUUCAUAAUAAAGAAACGACGUCAACAUCACACAAAGAUCCUAAGAAUUGAACACRUGCUAAUUACACUAUUUGAAGCACUAUUGUUUAAUAAUUGUCAAAUUAUAAAGUUACAGAUUUGMAUCAGUGUAUUGCUCCUUGACACAACCCCCUACUCCCUACUAUACGUUGAUUGAUUUAAGGUUUCAGAAUUUUUUAUAAAGAAUAAAGCCGGUAUUUUU